AGAAGGGACACGGCAGUACGAGGAGCUGCAGAGAACAGGAGACACACAAAGGUACCACGGAGAACAGAAAGGUAUUAAUCAUGAUCCGAGGUCUGCUGUCGGUGCUGUUGGUCCUGGUGGCCGUAGCCGUGUCUUCAUCUCUGGCUAAGCCUGAGAAGAACAUCGCGAAGAGGGGGAAGAGGAUCCCUCAGACUCUCUCUAGAGGCUGGGGUGAUCAGCUGGUCUGGGCUCAGACCUAUGAGGAAGCUCUGUACUGGGCCAGGGCACAGAACAAGCCUCUGAUGGUCAUCUUCCACCUGGAGGACUGUCCCCACAGCGCAUCCAUGAAGAAGGCCUUCGCUGAAGACAAGGACAUCCAGAAGGUAGCUGAUGAAGACUUCAUCAUCCUCAAUCUGGUGUAUGAAACCACAGACAAGCAUCUCUCCCCUGAUGGCCAGUACGUCCCCAGAAUCAUCUUUGUUGAUCCCUCUAUGACAGUGAGAGCUGACAUCACAGGACGCUACUCCAACCGUAUGUACGCCUAUGAGCCUUCUGACAUCAAACUCUUGUUGAGCAACAUGCAGAAGGCCAAGAAGCUGCUGAAGACUGAGUUGUAAGCACUGACAAAGCAUGUGACCCGUUGACCAUUGGCCUCGGACCUCAGAGGUUUUCUGAACAUUCUCAGAACAUUCUCAGAAUGAUCUCUGGAGCCUAGGAGUCAGCCAGUGGCAUACUGUCACCAUGUAACCUUAAGCACUGGAAAGAACUAGUCUUCACUUUCACAAAAUCCAUUUCUAUUUUUUACAUUCUGUUAUUUUCCCUGAAACUCUCGAUCUUUGUAAUGUAUUGCUUACAUCUGAGAUGCAAUUCUUAAAUGAUGUGUGCAUCAUUGUAAAAUGUAACCAGAUUAUCUGAGUGUAUAAACUUUUUUACCCUU